GGCAGCCAAGAGAGGCUGCGGAGAGCUCGUCAGCGUGAUCCUGUUUACUCAGGUCUUCGUGUUCCUACUGUUUUCCGUGAGAUCUGUUCCCUAGAGAGGCUGCAAUCCUGUGUAGAGUUUUCGUCAGAGUAAAUUCCAGGGAGCACAUUCGGACUUGCGUCUGAGUAAAUACUCUUCGCGUUUCGGAUUGCAGCCAGAUGGAGAGUAAUCAUUGGGGAUUUAUAUUUUAUACAAAUGCUCCUAUUUAUGUCAAACCCCCACCCAUAAAUACCAUUAAUAACAUAAGAGAAGUCUACACUGAGCUUUAUAAUGCGUGAAACCAUUCGUCCAUUUAGCCCAGUAUUGUUGACACUGAUCGGCAGCAGCUCCACAGGGUUUCAAGCAGGAUUUCUUUCUAGCCUUACCUGAAAGUGCUGGGCAACGCAUGUCCUUCUCCUCCUUUAGUUCAGCGUUUCCCUUCCGACCGUAGCCAGUGAGAUGCCUCAAGGAAGCCCACAGACAGGAGUUGAAGACAAGCAGAUCACAGGCGUCUUUUGCUGUUGCUCAGCAUGCUGCCCCAAGAGAGGAGGUUGUGUACAGAAUCUGAAGGUCUUUGGUUAAUAUGAAGAAAAGCAGAGGUCGGACAUGCCGAAAGAGACGAAGAAAACAAGUUGGAACUGUUUCUUCAGGUGGUGUAAAUCUUGGACACAGAUAUGAAUACAUACUACUUAAGAAAUGGCUGAAAAAGAGAGGCUAUAAUGAUAAUAAAUUAAGGCCAGCACAAUUUGCAGAGACAGGAAGGGGAUUGAUGACCACAAAAGCUCUUCAGGCAGAAGAGUUGAUUAUUUCACUGCCCGAAGAAUGCUUACUCACCACUAAAACUGUACUAAACAGCUACCUUGGGGAAUACAUUGUAAAAUGGAAGCCCCCCAUUUCUCCUUUGGUAGCACUGUGUACAUUUUUAGUAGCAGAGAAGGGUGCUCACAAGAAGUCUUUGUGGAAGCCAUACCUGGAUCUCUUACCAGACACGUAUACCUGUCCUAUUUGUUUGGAGCAAGAAACAGUGAACCUUUUCCCUGAGCCUUUAAGAAGAAAGGCCCACGAGCAAAGAGAACUGGUCCAUGACCUGUUUGAAUCCUCCCAGACUUUUUUUGCUUCUUUGCAGCCUUUGUUUCCUCAAAAUGUGGAGUCUCUCUUUAACUGCUGUGCCUUCCAAUGGGCUUGGUGCACCAUUAAUACAAGAGCGGUAUAUAUGAAACAUUCACAGAGGGACUGUUUUUCUAGAGAGCCAGAUACGUAUGCCUUAGCCCCAUACUUGGAUCUGCUCAAUCACAAUCCAGCUGCCCAGGUGAAAGCUGCUUUUAAUGAAAAGACAAAGUGUUACGAAAUAAAAACACUGUUACGCUGUGAAAAAUACAAAGAAAUAUUUAUCUGUUAUGGCCCUCAUGAUAAUCAGCGUCUGCUUCUAGAAUAUGGCUUUGUUGCCGUCUGCAACCCGCACAGCAGUGUGCAUGUUGGGACAGAUAUCUUGCUUAAAUAUCUUUUUCCAGAAGAUAAGCAGAGACAUAUGAAACUUUCCAUUCUACAAGAACACAAACUUUUAGCUGAUCUGACAUUUGGCUGGGAUGGACCAUCCUGGAGGCUUCUUACAGCACUCAAACUAUUAUGUCUUGAAACAGACCAAUUUACUUCCUGGAAGAAAGUUCUGCUUGGUGAGGUCAUUUCGGAGAGGAAUGAAAAGAAGAGUUUGGACCUUGCAACAAAAAUAUGUCUGUCAUUAAUAGAGGAAACUUGGCAUGCCCUUCAGAAGGUGUCUCUUUUAAAAAGGGAUUGUCUGCAUCUUGUAAGCCAGCUAAGUUUGGUAGAGGCGUUGCGCACAGAAGAUCUAAGAAUCUUGCAACUGUCAUCUGAGAUUCUUCAGUGUUUACCUUCCUCAACAAGCUGAUCUCCUUAUAACAGAAUUGCAUCUCAGAAUAGAAUAUUUGAUAGGCAGUAUAUCUUUCAUCGCAGAAGCCACAAACUUUAUUUAUUAUUUAUUUACUA